AUGGCAAACUCAAUACUGGAAAGGCUACUGCCGCGUCCAAGGUGGCCCGUGCUAGUCUACGCCGCCACGUGGACGACUAUAUUGACGGCGACGGUGGCCAUGGCGUCCUUCACCCCCGAGAUAGCGUUUGUUUCGGCUGUUAAUCCAACCUCGCAGCCGUGCAGUGGAGCGGCAGCCUCCGUUAGGCUGCCGUUAGAUGUUCCGUCUGAGAAUUUGUGCAUCCAUGCUUCGCUUUUUAAGCGGUCGAGAAUCGAUAUGUUUGUGCCGCCUAUUUUCGCAGCCACCAUUGUUGCUUGUUCGGCUUUUGUUGUGAAAGCUAUGGGAUUAUGGGAAGAAGAAGAAGAAGAUCAAGAUAAUUAA